UCUGGGCUGACACAUACAGCGCUGCGCUGUGCUGUGCUGUGCGAUCCUGUAACGCUGGGCUCCCUGCAUUAGCGGAGCUGCAGCGCUGUAUCAGACUGAGCGACUGGUUCCGGCUCAAAGACAGCGGGGACAUGGCGUCACCCAUCCAGCUGAUGUGCUGGCCAGGAGACUGGGGUCUGCCCUCCGUCCACACCGACUCGCUCAUCAUCUUGGCAUAUGCCAAAUUUUCACGGGCUCCUCUGAAAGUGCACUUUAUUAAUAAUCCAUGGAAAACACCUACAGGAGACAUUCCAGUAUUAAUUUCUGACAAUAUGAAUGUAGUGCAACCUGAAAAUAUUCUGAAUUUCCUGAGAAAACAGAAAUAUAAUGCAGAUUAUGAAUUAACAGCUAAAGAGGGAGCUGAUACACUGGCAUUUAUUGCACUGAUAGAAGAGAAGUUGCGUCCUGCAUUGCUGCAUACUUUUUGGGUGGAUAUUGAAAAUUACUGCAAUCUGACCCGACCGUGGUUUGCUUCAAGAAUCCCCUUUCCAUUGAACUUCUACUUACCAGGGCAGAUGGCAAGAUCUGCAAUGAAUCAGAUAGUCCUAACCAAAGGAGAACCACCUUUGUAUAACCUCAAGGAAGUGGAAGGACAGAUCUACAGAGAUGCCAAAGAGUGUCUGAACCUUCUAUCCUACAGAUUGGGAACAUCAAAUUUCUUCUUUGGGAAAAUACCGACCAGUCUUGAUGCCUUUGCGUUUGGAUUUCUUGCACCUCUGUAUAAAGCAGAGCUGCCUAAUGCCCACCUCCAGAAGCAUCUGCAUCAGCUCCAUAAUCUUUGCCAAUUCUGUGACAACAUUCUGAGUCAGUACUUCACACAAAGCUCUACAGAAGAUAUGAUGGAUGCAAACCUACAGAAGUUGACACAGCUUGUAAACAAGGAAUCCAACCUGAUUGAGAAGAUGGAUGACAAUCUUCGCAACAGCCCCCAACACAAACCUCAAGGUGCACCCCCUUCAAAACUGAUGCCCAUGAGCAAUGAAGCCUGCUCAUCACAACACUGAUUGUCUUGACUGUUUUUGCAUAUAUAUUUGCAGCAAGUCUUCAGUUAACAGAACUUUAACAUGACCGUGGAUCUGAAGAGUGGGCAACGGGAGAUAAUUUUUUUAAAGUGCCACUUUCAAGUGAGGUAUCUGAUGUGCUGACCUGAACAUGUAUCUAAAAUGGAAAUCUGAAGGAUUCACUUAAAACUGCAGAAUUCACCAGCUAUUGUUUCUAAUUCAGCAACUAGCACUUAGGAAAUAGUACCCUGUCAGACAUAGUUUGUUAGACACACAUUUAUCGUUAUCUGAGCAAAUAUUAGUGUUUUAAAUGUGUUAAACCAGAUGAUUGACUGCCAUUAGAGAUUCUAGGUUCACAUUUGUGGGCGGCACGGUGGCACAGUGGUUAGCACUGCUGCCUCACAGCGCCUGAGACCCGGGUUCAAUU